AUGGCUUCAAAAAGAAAAUUGUGUGCGGGAUGUUUAAACAAGAUAACUAAUAAGGACUUUGUAACAUGUUCACUUUGCAAAGAUAUAUAUAAAGACACAGUUUGCGCUAAUAUUUCUCAAAAACGCCUUCUGGUGCUGGAGAAGGACAAGAAAGUUAAAUGGAUCUGUCCUGGUUGUAGGAAUAAAGAGCGAAAGGGUGACAAUUUAAACACCCCAAUCCAGUCCAGACCGGGCCCGCGAGACCGUGGUGAUUCGUCGCAGGAAAUUAGUACUCCUAACAAUGAUUACGUAACACAGCGUAAAAAAUCUCAACUACCUAGUAAUCAGAAGGUGAGCUCACUUACACAACCCGGAGCUGAAUCCUUAAUGCUAACAAUUAGAUCAGGAAUUCAAUCAUCAAUGGGAAAUUUUUUAAAUCAAGCUAUAGAGGAGUCAUCUAUAAAAAUGAAUUUAAGAACUAUAAGAGAGGAGUUAAGUUCCUUAAAAGAUAUCAAAAGCGGGCUUGAAUUUUUAAGUGCGGAAUAUGGCAGAAUGAAAAAGGAAUUAAAAACGUCAAAGGAGCACAUAAAGUCGCUUUCAGCUGAAAACAGCAACUUACAUACAAAAGUGAACGAAUUAUCAAAUAGACUUGUUUUACUAGAGCAAUAG